GGAGGGAGCGGGAGCGUAACACUGUGGAAUUUACCGAGACAGAUCUAGCCCAAGCUGGGCGGUGGAUUGUGUUUUGUCUGAUUGUCUACGGUUUGUGUUUGAUUUUAAAAAGUAGGCCUACCUGUAGGCUAUAGACACUCUUAAUGCUGUUUAAUAUUGUUGGGUCUGGGAAGUCAGCGACUAAUUCACUUCCGUGAAAGAAGACGCGGAGGGAAACAACAACAGAAGACAAGAGAACUUGCUCUUAUGUGGCCCUGGAUGUGGUGAGGCAUGCCUGGCCACAGCAUGGGGGCCAAUCACAAGCCCCCCUCCCACCACACGUCACGCACCAGGGCCGAAAGCUACGGGCACAGCCGUAGCUGCUCGCGCGACAGUGGCACCAGCCAGGACUCUCCUCGCGAGCACCACAGCAACAACAACCUCCUCAGCAGCAGCAGUGGCGGCGGCAGCAGCAACCACCACUACAGCAAGCACAAAAACCACAGUCACCAUCACAACCACAACCACAGUCACGGUCACCACCAUCGCAGCCAGAGCGAGGGCCGCAAGACCCACUCGCGCCACACCAACGGGCGUGGCUCGGAGACCAUUGGCUUCAUCCCAGGGUCGGCGGAUGCGGCGCAGGGUGUCCCGCCCGCCUGUGGCUCCUGCGCCUCUCUGGGCUGGAGUGGCUGCAAGGCGCUCAUCUGCUGCAUCCUCACCUGUGGCUUCUACGGCACGCGUGAGCCCUGCCUGCCCGUCCACAACGAGAGCUCCACGGACAACCCGCCGGCCAAGUCCAGCGAGGCCGAGAUCCGACCGCUGGGAAACGGCAUGGCCUUGACCAACCCCACCUGCGGCGUGCCCCUGGAGGCCCGUAAGCCUGAACGCGAGCUGCCCAACUCGGACAGCUUUCGCUACAAGGACGUGCGCAUCGCUGGCAAGAAGGUGCAUUACCAGCCGGGGCCCGCCAAGCGAAAUAACUCUGCAGUGAAGAGUGGCGGGCAGAAGGAGAGAACCUCCAGCAUCUACUCCAGAGAGGACCUGGACCUGGACGACAUCGACGACAGCAAGGCGGACAUCGACUCGCUCAUCACCAAGAAGCUGCUGGACCUGUACAAGCUCCACCAGAUUGAGCAGCUGGCCAAGUGCACCUCCGACUCGUCCUUCUCACGCAAGACCAAUGAGAUCAGCGACCUCAUCUACAGCAUCGCUCAGGAUUACAACUUGGAGGAGCAGGAGGCCGAGUGCCGUCUGGUGCACGGGGUCAUCCGCAUCAGCACCCGCAAGGGCAAGAACAAGAACUCUUAUGGCAGGAACAAAGACUCCAGUUCCCAGGAUGCACUGCUGCACCUAAACGGACAAAGGGAUGGCACCCUGCCCGACAGUGGCCACGAAACCAUGACCCUCACCUUCAGCAGUUUUGAACCUGAAGUGAAAGUGUCCGACCUGACACCAUCAGAUGAACUCGCGCGCAGAAUGAGGGUCCACAGUGGGCGAACCUACUCAUCCAGUUCAGCCACUGUUUACUCCCCCACCUCCCACGACACAUACUUCUCCGGGUCUCCCCUGCUGCAUUCGCCCUAAACCAGUGCGACUCCGUCCUCUGACGCUCCCAGGCCUUUCAGCGGGAGUGGAAAACACUGCCUCACCUGUGCAUGUCUGCCCCCCUCCGUCACCUGCCCGCUUCACUCUCCCUUUUGGACCACAUGGUCCGCAUUUGUCAUGUCUUUGUUUGUUUGUUUGUUUGUUGGUGGUCUUGCUCGCCGCUGCUAGAAGAUGUUAAAUGUCUGUGAUAUUGGUGGUUGCCUGACUGCCGUAACUGAGGAGACUUGCCCUGAAGCAAUGGACUAGAAGCUUUGGCCUCGUUGCCCUCCUCUCUCAGAUCAACCAAACCUGAGUGCCACCGCCAUUUCUAAACUUUACUUGGAGACAUUCUGGAAGAACUGGAUGAACUUUCUCCUGUUUUAUUGUGUCUGUUUUUGCUUUUGUAUCCAAUAACUUUGUUUACUUUUACUUUGGUAUUGUAGUAAAUAUCAUGACAGACUAUGUGCCAUAAUAGCUGAUUAUUUUUUUUAUUUUUUUUAUUUUUUUUUCUUUCGUGCCAUCUAAUAUCAGUGAUUAUAAUACAGGAAGGUGCUGUCAUUUAUGCCCUGCUUAGACUCCUGUUCCUCUAAAUUGUUUGUGUUUGUGUGUGCAUGUGCGCGUGCAUGUACAUGCUGCAUUUUUACAUGCCUCUGUCCCAUAUGUACAUAGGUGUUACAGCCUUCCAGUUAUCGUUGCUUCUUUAGAUGUGUAGGCAUCUCUUGUAUAAUUGCAAGCCUAUUUCUCUGGGAAACAUGGACACUUUGAAAAAAAAGGCAAUUCAUAGUUUUAUUUUUUAUCAAAUAAAGGGGAUAUCCCUU